AUGAAUGCUGAGACUUGUGUCUCUUACUGCGAGUCGCCGGCUGCUGCCAUGGACGCCUACUACAGCCCGGUGUCGCAGAGCCGGGAGGGCUCAUCGCCUUUUAGGGCAUACCCCGGCGGCGAUAAGUUCGGCACAACUUUCCUCUCGGCCGCCGCCAAAGGGCAGGGAUUCGGAGACGCCAAGAGCCGGGCCCGCUACGGCGCGGGGCAGCAGGACCUGGCGGCACCCCUGGAGAGCGGCGCCGGAGCGCGGGGCUCCUUUAACAAGUUCCAGCCGCAGCCGCAGCCCCAGCCGCCCGCCCCGCAGCAGCCGCCGCAGCAGCCGCCGCAGCCGCAGCCGCCCGCGCAGCAACCGCAUCUCUACUUGCAGCGCGGCGCUUGCAAAACUCCCCCGGACGGCAGCCUCAAACUCCAGGAAGGCAGCGGCGGCCACAACGCGGCCUUGCAAGUCCCCUGCUACGCCAAAGAGAGCUCCCUGGGUGAGCCAGAGUUGCCGCCCGACUCUGACACCGUGGGGAUGGACAGCAGCUACCUCAGUGUGAAGGAGGCUGGAGUGAAGGGGCCCCAGGACCGGGCCAGUACCGACCUCCCCAGCCCGCUGGAGAAGGCCGAUUCUGAGAGCAACAAGGGCAAGAAGCGGAGGAACCGAACGACCUUCACUAGCUACCAGCUGGAGGAGCUGGAGAAGGUCUUCCAGAAGACCCACUACCCCGACGUGUAUGCCCGGGAGCAGCUGGCCAUGAGGACAGACCUCACCGAGGCCCGCGUGCAGGUCUGGUUCCAGAACCGGAGGGCCAAGUGGAGGAAGAGGGAGCGUUUUGGACAGAUGCAGCAGGUUCGAACCCACUUCUCCGCUGCCUACGAGCUGCCCCUUCUCACCCGGGCGGAGAACUAUGCCCAGAUUCAGAACCCGUCCUGGAUUGGCAACAAUGGGGCUGCCUCACCGGUGCCAGCCUGUGUGGUCCCCUGUGACCCGGUACCUGCCUGCAUGUCCCCUCACACCCACCCCCCCGGCUCCGGGGCCAGCGGUGUCACCGACUUCCUGAGCGUCUCCGGGGCUGGCAGUCACGUGGGCCAGACACACAUGGGAGGCCUGUUCGGAGCGGCGGGCCUCAGCCCGGGCCUCAACGGCUACGAGCUCAACGGGGAGCCGGACCGCAAGACCUCGAGCAUCGCAGCCCUGCGCAUGAAGGCCAAGGAGCACAGUGCGGCCAUCUCCUGGGCCACAUGACAGGGCACCUCUCGGCCUGUCCCCACACCCUCCCCUGCCUUGGGGCACUGGCCACGCCCACGCUUCCUGGGCCCUCAGCCUCCCAUUCGACUGUCCUCUUAGGAACCUGGCCUGGGCCAGGGGCCUGGCCCUCAGCACUUUCAGCCACCCCGAGU